AUUGUGUACCUUAUUGUUUUUACCUUCCUUGUCUUUUUUUUAAUCACUGGACUACUGGAGGAAUUUUGGAGGUUCCUUCUUCAAAGAAACUUGGGAAACUCUUGGUUGCAACGGCUUCGCUUUGCAGUGUUUGGACUAUGUGAUUCAGGUUACGAGAAGUACAAUUUUGUAGCAAAGAAGCUACACAAAAGAUUACUAGAUCUUGGGGCCACAACCAUCAUUGAGAAAGGCAUGGGAGAUGAUCAACACCCAUCAGGGUACGAAGCAACUCUUGAUCCGUGGAUGAUGUCUUUGUGGGGUACAUUAUAUCAGAUCAAUCCCAAAUACUUUCGUAAAGGUCCAGAUGUGGUGAUUCCUCUAGAUGACUUAAUUGAUCAGCCCAAAUAUAGGCUUUUAUAUCAUAAGCAAGAAACACGGGAGCCUGCAUUGAUGGUAGAGUCAGACAUCGUAGAAAGUGCCCGUGAAAUGUCACCCGGAAAAUUAUCCAAGGACAAAAGUAAACCAGACUGCUUUCUCAAGAUGACUAAAAAUGAAGUCCUGACGAAAGCUGGAAGUACAAAGGAGGUCCGCCAAUUCGAGUUCCAAUUUGUAUCUAGUAUCAAAUAUGAAGUUGGCGAUGUUGUUGAGCUUCUUCCAAGCCAAGAUUCUUUAGCAAUAGAUGCGUUUAUAGAACGCUGUGAUUUGGACCCGGAAUCAUUUAUCACAGUAAGUUCAUCCAAGAGAGACAGAGCCGUGCAAGCUGAGGUUAGCCCGACCGCACCAGUCAUGUUCUUCUUUGGUUGCAGAAACGAAGACACAGAUUUUUUAUACCGAGACUUGUGGGAGUCUCAUGCAAGAGAAGGAGGCAUGCUCUCUCAAGUAAAAGGCGGCGGGUUUUACACUGCAUUCUCUAGAGACCAACCGAAGAAAGUUUACGUGCAACACAAGAUCCGAGAGAUGAGGAAAGAAGUUUGGGAUUUGCUAUGCGAUGGAGCCGCCGUUUACGUGGCGGGCUCGUCCAAGAAAAUGCCUUGUGAUGUGAUGUCGGCUUUGGAGGAGAUUGUGAUGGAGGAGACCGGAGGAUCAAAGGAAACGGCUUCACGGUGGCUCAAGGCUUUGGAGAAAGCUGGGAGAUACAAUGUUGAAGCUUGGUCUUAAAACCAACUU